GGCUGCCAUAUUUGAAUAUUCCCUAAAAUUGGUAUCUGUCCAUUUCCAGAUGAUGCACCAUUCUCCAUUUCUCUUCCCAUCACUUUUCUAAAAGUAAUCAAAUCUCAACAUACCAACAAAUCUCAAUAUAGCUGGCAGCCAUUUCCAUUGACAACACCGGAAUAACAGAACCCUGUUUCUCUACUCUCCACCCCAUCUUGUUUAUCUCAGAAUUCACACUAAUUUCAGCAUCAAUGGCUUGUACCAUAUCCCUAAACACAAUUUCUUGCAGGGCUCAAUCAAGAUCUUGUUUGGUGUUAAAGGGGGAUAAAUCUAAACUCCCUUGCUUAAUCAGUUUCUCAAACUCACUACAAUCAAAAGAUUUCAAGAUUUCAAUAUGGAGUGAUCAGAAACUCCCAACAGCAAGAUCCACUAGAGGCCUCUCUACACAAGCAUUCUUCUGGAACAAACCAAAGCCAACUUCAAGGCAGGACGAAAAGGCUCAAGAGCUAUUCGUGUAUGAAAUCAACGAGCGAGAUCGGGCGAGUCCGGCGUACCUGAAGCUGAGUCAGAAGGAGGUGCACUCGCUCGGAGACCUCGUCCCCUUCACCAACAAGCUUUACUCCGGCGAUCUGCAGAAGCGAUUGGGAAUCACCGCCGGUCUCUGCGUACUGAUCCAGAACGUGCCGGAGCGGAAGGGCGACAGAUUCGAAGCUAUCUACAGCUUCUACUUCGGCGAUUACGGCCACAUUGCCGUGCAGGGCGCGUAUUUGACUUACGAGGAUACGUAUCUCGCCGUAACCGGCGGAUCGGGGAUUUUCGAGGGGGUUUAUGGCACCGUCAAAUUGAAGCAGAUAGUGUUCCCUUUCAAGCUUUUCUAUACCUUUUACCUCAAAGGAAUCAAGGAUUUGCCAGCGGAGCUGGUGGUCAAGCCCGUGGCGCCGACUCCCUCCGUCGAGCCAUCCGCCGCCGCCAAGGCUGCGGAGCCGCAGGCAGCAGUUUCGAAUUUUACAAACUGAUCCUGCAUCGGUUCGAAUCCCAGGGAAUAUUGUUCGGGAAAGACCUUCCACCGGAUUCCACCAUGUCCGAUCAAAAUUCCGAUCCGAUAGGAGCCCAUCGGCGAAUCAAAUAAAAUAUCUCCGGCGUCCUAACUAAUGUCUGAUUACAUUUUCAAAUGCUUUUCAUUUCCACUUGUUUAAUUGGAAGAUCUUCACCGUCA